AUGAGCAAGAUGUCAGGGGACGAGGAGUUUUAUCUCUUCAAGAACAUCUCCUCGGUGGGGCCUUGGGAUGGGCCUCAGUACCACAUUGCCCCCGUCUGGGCCUUCCACCUCCAGGCCGCCUUCAUGGGCCUCGUCUUCUUUGUUGGGACACCACUCAACGCUGUGGUGCUGGUGGCCACACUGCGCUACAGAAAGUUGCGGCAGCCGCUCAACUACAUUCUGGUCAAUGUGUCCUUGGCGAGUGUCCUCUUCUGUGUCAUCUCUGUCUUCACCGUCUUCGUUGCCAGCUGUCAUGGGUACUUCAUCUUUGGUCGCCAUGUUUGCGCGUUGGAGGCCUUCCUGGGCUCUGUAGCAGGUCUGGUGACAGGAUGGUCCCUGGCCUUCCUGGCCCUUGAACGCUACCUCAUCAUCUGUAAACCCUUGGGCAACGUCCGCUUCAGCUCCCAGCAUGCACUGUUGGUGGUCUUGGCCACUUGGACCCUCGGGAUUGGUGUCUCCGUUCCGCCCUUCUUUGGCUGGAGCCGGUUCAUCCCAGAGGGGCUGCAGUGCUCCUGUGGCCCUGACUGGUACACCGUGGGCACCAAGUAUCGCAGUGAGCACUACACCUGGUUCCUCUUUAUCUUCUGCUUCAUCGUGCCCCUGUCCCUCAUAUGCUUCUCCUACUUCCAGCUGCUGAGAGCCCUCCGAGCUGUUGCAGCUCAGCAGCAGGAGUCAGCUUCGACCCAGAAGGCCGAGCGGGAGGUGAGCCGCAUGGUGGUGGUGAUGGUGGGAUCCUUUUGUCUCUGUUACGUGCCCUAUGCUGCCUUGGCCAUGUACAUGGUCAACCACCGUAACCACGGGUUGGACUUAAGGCUCGUCACCAUUCCUGCCUUCUUCUCCAAGAGCGCUUGUGUCUACAACCCCAUCAUCUACUGUUUCAUGAACAAGCAGUUCCGUGCCUGCAUCCUGGAGAUGGUGUGUGGGAGGUCCCUGGUAGAUGAAUCUGACAUGUCCAGCUCCCAGAAAACGGAAGUCAAUACUCUCUCGUCCAGCCAAGUUGGCCCCAACUAA